CACCGUCUUUAGCCUGAAUAAGAAAUCCCAAAGCUCGAUCGUGAGACAGCCCCCGUCAUGAAGGUUGCAAAGGAAGCCGGAAAGAAAUUUUCCUUCGUGGUCUCUAAGAAUACCACUGCAUCCUUUCUUCUGAUAAGCAAUUGAGAAUGUUCCAUCUACAUUCAUGGUGACCCACCCUAUAUCUGGUGGCUUCCAACUAUUUAGAGAAAAGCUGGUCCUUAAAUGCUUCUCCUCAUCUCCUGUAACGUGGUCUGAAGGAAAAAACGUGACUACCAUUCAACAUGUCGUGUUUGUUUACCCCGAAUCAGGUUUACCGUGUUGUGGAUUGUUAACAGCGUUUUGGGGCUUCAAAACGCAAAUCCAAACAUAAGGUUUAAACCCCGACAUGGCGCUUUCAGCUUAGAAGGGCUUGGGUGGCGGCAGAGUUGUCUGAAGCACGCAGUAUCAUAGAAGAGCUCGCAGAUUCAAAGUAGCCCUGCGAAAGCAAAUUCGAGUCUGCCAUGGACGACGUGUGCGAAGGUAGAGACUUCUCCUUCCCCAGACAAGAGGAGAGGAUACUCGAGCUGUGGUCUGAAAUCAAGGCAUUCGAGACCCAGUUAGCUCGCUCCGCUAACAAUCCUGAAUACAUCUUCUACGAUGGCCCACCCUUCGCGACGGGCCUCCCUCACUACGGCCACAUACUUGCUGGCACCAUCAAGGACAUUGUCACCCGCUACCAGACCAUGACGGGUCAUCAUGUCACCCGACGCUUUGGCUGGGACUGUCACGGUUUACCUGUGGAGAAUGAGAUUGACCAGAAGCUAGGGAUUAAGAAGAGAGAAGAUGUGUUGAAAAUGGGUAUUGAUAAGUACAAUGAGGAGUGCAGGAGUAUUGUAACCCGUUACGUUGAGGAGUGGGAGAAGGUUAUUACGCGCACGGGACGAUGGAUUGAUUUCAGAAACGAUUACAAGACAAUGGAUCUCAAAUUCAUGGAAUCCGUUUGGUGGGUCUUUGCCCAGCUCUACGAGAAGGGCCUUGUCUAUAAAAGCUUCAAGGUCAUGCCCUAUAGCACUGGUUGCAAAACUCCAUUAUCUAAUUUUGAGGCUGGUCAGAAUUACAAGGAUGUGCCUGAUCCUGAAGUAUUGGUGGCAUUUCCCAUGAUUGAUGAUCCGCAUAAUGCAUCAUUUGUAGCUUGGACAACAACUCCAUGGACUCUUCCAAGUAAUCUUGCCCUUUGCGUCAAUGCUAACUUUUCCUAUGUGAAGGUUCGUAAUAAAUUUUCUGGUAAAGUUUAUAUUGUUGCGGAAUCACGUCUAAUUUCACUCCCAAUGGAGAAACCCAAAGAAAUUGUCUCUUAUGGAUCAAUUGAUGGCCCCAAAAAAGCAAUAGCAAGGACUAAAGGAUCAUCAAGCGGAAAGACAGAAAAUGUUUUGGAUUUUUUUGAAGUGCUGGAGAAAUUCUCAGGGGCUUCACUAGUAGGAAAGAAGUAUGAACCAUUGUUCAAUUACUUUAUGGAGUUAGCUGGUCCUGCUUUUAGAAUUGUUGCGGACAGUUACGUUACUGAUGACAGUGGUACUGGCAUUGUCCAUUGUGCUCCUGCUUUUGGUGAGGAUGAUUUCCGUGUUUGCAUUGAUAAUAAAAUUCUUAGCAAGGAGUCUCUAACUGUUGCUGUUGAUGACGAUGGCUGCUUUACUGCCAAAAUCACUGACUUUAGUGGCCGCUAUAUUAAAGAUGCAGAUAAGGAUAUUGUUGAAGCUGUGAAGGCAAAGGGUAGGCUAAUCAAGUUUGGAACCUUUACACAUUCUUAUCCAUUCUGCUGGAGAUCUGGGACACCUUUAAUUUACAGAGCUGUUCCUAGCUGGUUUGUUCAAGUGGAGAAGUUGAAAGAGCAAUUGUUGGAAAAUAACAAGCAGACUUAUUGGGUUCCAGAUUUCGUGAAGGAGAAGCGAUUCCACAAUUGGCUCGAAAAUGCAAGAGAUUGGGCAAUUAGUCGUAGUAGAUUUUGGGGGACUCCUCUUCCAAUAUGGAUUAGUGAGGAUGAAGAGGAAAAGAUUGUGAUGGAUUCUGUUGCAAAACUUGAAAAGCUUUCUGGUGUAAAGGUCUUUGAUCUUCAUCGUCACAACAUUGAUCAUAUCACAAUUCCAUCUAAACGUGGUCCAGAAUAUGGUGUUCUUCGACGGGUUGAUGAUGUUUUUGACUGUUGGUUUGAGAGUGGAUCCAUGCCAUAUGCAUAUAUCCAUUAUCCUUUUGAGAAUGUAGAGCUGUUUGAGAAGAACUUUCCCGGACAUUUUGUGGCUGAAGGACUAGAUCAAACUCGUGGAUGGUUUUAUACCCUUAUGGUGUUGGCUACUGCCUUAUUUGGGAAGCCUGCCUUUAGGAAUUUGAUUUGCAAUGGACUUGUCCUUGCUGAAGAUGGGAAAAAAAUGAGUAAAAGCUUGAAAAAUUAUCCUUCACCAAUGGAAGUCAUCAAUGAUUAUGGAGCAGAUGCAUUGCGGCUGUACCUUAUAAACUCUCCUGUUGUACGUGCUGAGACUCUUCGUUUCAAGAAGGAAGGGGUUUAUGGAGUAGUUAGGGAUGUUUUCCUACCUUGGUAUAAUGCAUACAGGUUCCUUGUUCAAAAUGCAAAGAGGCUUGAAAUUGAGGGCACAGCACCUUUUGUCCCCAUUGAUCAGUCUACACUUCAAAAGUCAUCAAAUGUUCUUGAUCAAUGGAUCAACUCAGCCACACAGAGCCUUGUUCAUUUUGUCCGCCAAGAAAUGGAUGGUUACCGACUUUACACGGUAGUUCCUUAUCUUCUUAAGUUUCUUGAUAACCUUACAAAUAUAUAUGUGCGGUUCAACCGCAAGAGACUAAAAGGUCGUACUGGAGAAGAUGACUGCCGGACAGCACUCUCGACUCUUUACAAUGUUCUUUUGUUGGCCUGUAAAGUGAUGGCUCCGUUUACACCCUUCUUCACUGAGGUGCUCUAUCAGAAUAUGCGGAAAGCCUGCAAUGGCUCUGAGGAAAGUAUACAUUAUUGCAGUUUUCCUCUUGAAGAAGGAAAGAGGGGGGAACGAAUUGAACAAAGUGUAUCAAGGAUGAUGAUGAUAAUUGACCUUGCUCGAAACAUCCGUGAGCGUCAUAACAAGCCUCUUAAAACACCACUUAGGGAAAUGGUAAUAGUCCAUCCUGAUGCUGAUUUUCUUGACGACAUAACUGGAAAGCUAAGAGAGUGGCGUUCUUAUCUUUGGGGACGCAAAUUCAUCAUCCGUACUGACCAUUUACCUUUGAAGCAUCUCUUGGAGCAACGUGACUUGAGUCAAGAGCAGUGUAAGUGGUUGCAUAAACUUUGGGGGCUCGACUAUGAAAUCGUUUACCACAAAGGAUGUGAUAACGCUGCAGCUGAUGCUUUAUCUAGGCGUUCCAAAGGGGACUGUUUGACCAUUUCAAUGCCAAUCUCUCCAUUAUAUGAGAGGGUAUGUGAUUCUUGGCUUCUUGAUGACCAUUUACAGCAGCUGAUUAGAAGUCUGGAAACUAAUCCCUUUUCUUAUCCUAGGUACACUUGGGAACACCAAUUGUUGAAACGAAAGGGUAAGCUGGUGGUGGGUGCUGAUCGAGGUCUUCGAGAGUCUUUACUUCAGUUUUUUCAAGUUGAUGGCAUUGGGGGCUAUUUAGGUAUGACUCCCACCUACAAACGGCUUGCCUCUUUUUUUUAUUGGAAAGGAAUGGAAAAGGAUGUUCGCAAUUUUGUACAUCAAUGCACUACAUGUCAGCACUUUAAACCAGAAUUAAUUGCCUCCCCUGGUCUUCUCCAACCCUUACCCAUUCCGGAACAUAUUUGGUCCGAGCUCUCAAUGGACUUUAUUAGUGGCCUUCCCAAAUCUUACUCUAAGACUACUAUUUUAGUUGUUUUUGAUCGUUCAUCUAAGGCUGCUCAUUUCAUGGCUCUCAAGCACCCAUUUACUGCUGUAGAUGUGGCUAAUAUCCUCAUGGAUAAUGUGAUUAAGUUGCAUGGGUUUCUUAAGUCUAUUGUUUCAGACCGGGAUCCUAUUUUCUGUGGGAAAUUCUGGAAGGAACUCGCAAGCUGUGUGUUACGGCGUCUUGGGGAAGUUGCAUAUGAACUGGACCUUCCUCCUCACACUAAGGUCCACGCAGUUUUUCAUGUUUCCACGUUAAAAAAGUAUGUUAGCACGGCUGUCCCCACUACCCCCACCUUACCCCCAGUGGAUGAUCAUGGUCAGUUUAUGUUUGGAACCAGAGGAAUUACUGGGUAG